CAAAAACCGUCUACCCGGAUGUAAACUAGCGUAAUAUUUCCAUCCCUCCCUUGGCCCCUCUGAGAACAACAGACGCAGGACAGGGACCAGACUUAGAGCAGAUUCAUCUCAGCUCUCGCUCCCACCCAGCCCACCAUGGCAGCAGCUACAGCUACAGCUGCAGCUGCAGCUGCAGCUACAGCUACAACUACAACUACAGGUAAAGCCGCAGCUGCAGCUAAAGUUGCAGGUACAGUUGCAGCUAAAGUUGCAGGUACAGCUGCAACUGGAAGUGCAGUCGUCGUUGUAGCUGUUGUUGUACUCGGUUUGGCAGUGGUCGCUGCAGGAACAUAUGUAGCAGUGAAAAGGGGCUUAGGGACGAAAUUUUGUGUGAAGGUGAAAGGAAUUUUAGACUUCACAUAUGAAACUGGGGGAAAACAAAUGGCCUGACACUGCUCUGCAAGCAGUAGCCCUUGCCUUGCUGCCCAAAGGACGAACUGAUAAUAACUGCUAAUGAAGAUAACCACCUUUCCUGCCUUGCAAGCGUGUCUUCCCAGUGCAGGAAAUGGAAAUCCGCCUCUGACACUCAGCUGCUCAAUGAAAAGAUUUGCACUGCUUUGAGUAGUAAAUGCUUAGAAACCUGUAAUAAAAGACCUUUCCUGGUA